AUGUCAGGCAUGCCAAUGACAGUAGUAUUUUUUAGAACAGGUGUAAAAUAACUGUCAAGACGUAUUAGAAACGAUGUGGCUUGAGGGCCUCCCGUGCUCGUUAGUUUUCAGAGCUGUGAGUCUUUGGAUGCGGCACCUGCCCCUACUGCGCAUGCGCAACCUCUGCAGGACCCUGCACUGAGGAGGGAGACGGAUAAAAUGGCUCUCGAUAAUUUAAUUUUCGCUCAGUGCGUUCUUUAUUUUUUAGCCUUCCUGUUUGGGUUCAUCGCCGUGGUGCCUCUGUCCGAAAAUACGGAGGACUUCGGUGGCAAAUGUUUGCUGUUCACUCGUGGGAUGUGGCAGAAUGAGAACAUCACGGUAUCGAAGCAGCGCUUCAUCGUGGAGGAGUGGGGAGCAGAGUCCUCCUGCAGCUUCAUCGCUUUUGUCGGGAUAGCCUCCCUCAUAUUGUCCGCAGUGCAGGCCUGGAGGCUGCUGUUCUUUUUGUGCAAAGGACAUGACGACUCCAUCUUCAAUGCCUUCCUCAACCUGCUGAUAAGCUCCUUGGUGGUGUUCACCGUCUUUCUGUCGAGCACCAUGGUCAGCGUGGGAUUCAAUUUGUGGUGCGACUCCAUCACCGAGGGUGGCACCAUGCCCAGCAGCUGUGAAGACAUGCAGGACACUGACCUGGAACUGGGCCUGGACAACUCUGCUUUCUAUGAUCAGUUUGCAAUAGCUCAGUUUGGCCUGUGGGCUGCGUGGCUCACUUGGCUUGCCAUCGCCGUGCUGGCCUUUCUCAAGGUUUACCACAACUACAGACAAGAAGACCUGCUGGACAGCCUCAUCCACGAGAAGGAUCUGCUGCUCGGACGCUCCUCUCGCCGCAACUCGGACCUCAAAACCGGCCUCAUCUAGAAAGCAGAAGAUGCGCGCACACACACACAAACACACACUUCAAGUUUAUUGCCAUGAGACUCGCCAAUGUUUGCCUCUGUUGACAAUAAAUAUCAGUUGACUUUUGCUCCCGUUGUGCAGAGUGAAUAGAAGGGUUUACCUUUGUCCUCUAGUUGAUUAAUUUCCGCGAAGGAAAAUCCACGGGUUGUUGUUAAUCCUUCCCUGAUUGAGUCCAUUCACCCACUAGUUUCUCUUUUAAUCUGAUCGUCGAGCUCGUACCAACGCGUUGCAAAUGCACUCCCCGUUUGAGACUCAGAAAAAGGUGUUAAAGGCUUGGACACGUGGUCGGAUCAUGUCUUUGUAAAACCUUGUGUAUGAGACAAAAUGCAUGGCAAAAUAAUAUUACAAUUGCUUUUAGAUUUAAAUGGAUCAUACCAUAUAUCUCGUUUUAUACGCCAAUCAAUGAGACUCGUGUUAUUCGAAGUCCACACUUCAUCCUGCAUGCUGUGGCAAAAGUAAUAAAACGGCAUGCUUUUGUGAUGUUCCUGAACUGAAUGAUAGUUAUUAAAAAAAUAAUAAUACAGUAAUAACUGUACUUCUGCAGUCUGUCCCCAAAUGCUUUUCGCAACUGGUGUCAAACCGUAUCUCAGGCUACUCCCUACUAUUUAUUGCCAUCAUUAAACAGUCAUACUGUGUGCCAUAAAAGAAGCAGAAAAAUGACUGCAUGCAUCUCACAAGAAAGACGACCACCAUUGGAUGAGUUUUAUUCCAAACAACUGAAAUCAUAAAAGAGAAGGAACCAAGAAAACCCUUCGUGAAGGCACUUCAUACAAAGUGACCAAAUGCGAAAUGCUACCAAGCUAAUGUGUGAACAAAUGUCUUAUUUUGGGAUCCUUUUUUUUCAAGAAUAACCCUUAUUUGCUUCCAUAUAGUUAUUAUAUAUUCAAUAUUGCCUUGACAUAAUCCACUCUCCAUAAAGUCCAUUAAGAAUUACUCAUCAUUGGUAAAUACGGAGACAUAUUUUAUUGCUCAUAACGAAAAGUACACCGUGUGUUGUGCUCCUAUAAUUUAAAUGUGUAUGGCGGUGUGAGUUGUGCUUUGAUAAAGGAGACUCACAUAA